GAACUAUGCUGUGAUAGUCGACUUUUUUAACUAAACAAUAAUAAAACGCACAAAUUUCUAAUUUUUAAUCAUCUUUUUAUUCGUCAUCGGAAAACACAUUUUUUAAAAAGUGAAAAUAUGGAAGAAGGUUCAAAUAUGUCUCAAGGAAAUUCAAGAACAACGCAUUUGGAAUCAGUGAUUUCAGAUCCCAUCCCAUCCGAAAGCAAUCCCAUACGUACAUCCAAUAUUGAUUAUGGAAGUUUAAAAGCUCCUGUCACAUCUCAACCACAAAGCGGAUUUUCCAGUGGAGAUGAUCUAAAUGGCUCAUCUGGUCUGGACUACUUGAAAACCGUCCAUCGAUUGUUUAUCAAAAGAAACAUUCAAUGUUGUUCACAAAAUCGUGUAUUUUUCAUAAAAAAUGAGCUGAAGGAAAAUGUGUAUGUUGGUGUUGAAGACGAUGAUUGUGAAUGCUGCAUUGGUUUGAUCUGUGGACCACAUAGAAUAAAACUGUUCGAUGUUCGUGGAAAUGAGGUGCUACAAUUUAGACGUUUUUUGCAAUGUAGCGGUUUUAUCGUCGAAGUGUUAUCACCUUUUGGUCAAAUAAUAGCUCGAGUAAGACCUGAUUUCUCGCUUUUUACGACUAAAUACAUUGUGGCAAACAACAAUGAGGACAUUCUAUUACGCAUUGAACGAAGCGGUUUUUACAGUUCUAAAUUUAAGGUCCUGACAUUGAGCGGCACUCAAGUCGGUGAAAUUACAAAGAGACGAGAUAAUAAAGGAUUCAUUGACACCUAUUCUAUAGAAGUCAGCUUUGAUAUCAAAUUAAAUGUUCAUGUAAAGGCAGCUUUGAUCGCAGCAAGUCUUUCAAUUGUAAAUUAUUGUCUUCCUUUACAUUUCGGAUCAAGUGUAUUCGAUAAAUAGUUUGUUUUUUUUCUAGGAAAUGUUGCUUAGGAAAUCAUCGGGAGAGCCGCAGUAGCAGCAUUUGAAAGAAAAUCGAUAGUGGUUUCAAUAUUAGCACAAUAACCAUUACAAAAAACUCCCUUUUUACAAUCUUUGGAGCAGUUAUAUGCAUCGUCUAUAGACGUCUUACACUGCAAUAUAGUGCACUAUAGUGCAUCAUAGUGUAUACAACUUUUUUCGACUUUUUUCAUGUUAUCUAUGUACCAUCACGGCUACAAAAUGUUCGGAUACUUUGAUUUAGCUUCAAAUUGAUAUUAUUA